UUCACGACUUUUUCUGCUUCACGUUUCUGGUGUUUUUACAUGAGCAACGGUUAAAAGUUACUUUCUUUCAUUAUGGGGAAGAACAAGAAGAAAUCGCAGUGACGUCAUCUAGCCACUGCGACGCAAGCCAAUUUAUGAAUGAAAAUAUAGUAAGCAUGCACAUUGCAAGCCUCCCGUGCCCACGCAGUAUUCCAUUGAAACAAGUCUGCAAUACUCUGUCACCUCGUACCAAAAUCGACCUAGAAUUCCACUUUCCUAUAUUUAAUAUGAAUUAUGAAAGGAAUUCUCAGAGGAUCUGUUUUCUCACCGAUACCACCAACGCAGCAAACCUGUCGCAUGCAGAGAUGAUGAUGAUGACUGUAUCUGAUAUCAUCAGUCAGCUUGUCAUUGCUCAUGAAGAAAACAAAGAUGUUAAUCUCAAUAGAAUCAAGAGUUUGACUGCCAAAAAGUAUGGUCUGACCUCUCAACCUCGUCUUGUCGAUAUCAUCGCAGCUGUCCCCCAAGCACACAAAAAGGCUCUUAUUCCAAAGUUGAAAGCUAAACCAAUCAGGACAGCCAGUGGGAUAGCAGUUGUAGCAGUCAUGUGUAAGCCCCAUAGAUGCCCUCAUAUUAGCAUGACAGGCAACAUUUGUGUGUACUGCCCAGGAGGACCGGACUCAGAUUUUGAGUAUUCUACUCAGUCAUACACUGGAUACGAGCCCACUUCAAUGCGUGCUAUCCGUGCCCGAUACAACCCCUACCUUCAAACCAGACAUAGAGUGGAUCAGUUAAAACAGCUAGGUCACAGCGUUGAUAAGGUGGAGUUUAUUGUUAUGGGCGGGACCUUCAUGGCACUGUCUGAGGAGUACAGAGACUACUUCAUCCGUAACCUGCAUGACGCCCUCUCUGGUCAUACAAGCAACAGUGUGGAAGAGGCAGUCAAGUUUUCUGAGAGGAGUAAGACAAAGUGUAUCGGUAUCACCAUAGAAACCAGACCAGACUACUGCCUCAAGAGACAUCUCAGUGACAUGCUGAAAUAUGGCUGUACCAGAUUAGAGAUUGGUGUACAGAGUGUGUAUGAAGAUGUAGCCAGAGAUACAAACAGGGGUCAUACUGUUAGGGCUGUUUGUGAGUCAUUUCAGAUGUCUAAGGAUGCUGGUUUUAAGGUUGUUUCUCAUAUGAUGCCUGACCUUCCUAAUGUUGACCUUGAGAGGGACGUAGAGCAGUUCAUUGAAUUCUUUGAGAAUCCAGCCUUCCGUCCCGACGGUCUGAAGCUCUACCCAACCCUCGUCAUCAGGGGUACAGGUCUGUAUGAACUCUGGAAGACUGGACGCUACAAGAGCUACCCUCCUAGCACUCUGGUUGAUCUGGUCGCUAGGAUCUUGGCCUUAGUGCCGCCUUGGACAAGGGUGUACAGAGUUCAGAGGGAUAUUCCGAUGCCUUUGGUGAGUUCUGGAGUUGAGCAUGGUAACCUAAGAGAGUUAGCCCUGGCUAGGAUGAGAGACCUCGGUACACAGUGUAGAGAUGUAAGGACUAGAGAGGUCGGGAUUCAAGAAAUACAUCACAAGGUCAAACCAUAUGAGGUUGAGUUGAUACGUCGUGAUUACUACUCCAGUAGCGGCUGGGAGACGUUCUUAUCUUACGAAGAUCCAGAACAAGACAUUCUGAUUGGUCUGCUCAGGCUGAGAAAGUGCUCUGACCUCACAUUCAGACCGGAGCUCAAAGGGGGCGUGUCUAUCGUUAGAGAGCUUCAUGUAUAUGGAAGUGUUGUUCCUGUUAACUCAAGAGAUCCAAGGAAGUUUCAGCAUCAGGGCUUUGGAAUGCUUUUAAUGGAGGAGGCUGAGAGGAUUGCGAGGGAGGAGCAUGGAUCAGGGAAGAUCUCUGUCAUAUCAGGAGUCGGGACCAGGAACUAUUACCGCAAGCUGGGCUAUGAACUUGAUGGUCCAUACAUGUCAAAAUCUUUGGAUUGAUCCGUCUUAUCUAAGAUUGAAGGAACUAUUACCGCAAGCUAGGCUGACCUUGAUGGUCCAUACAUGUCAAAGAAUUUGGAAUGAUCCGUCUCAUCUAAGAUUGAAGGAACUAUUACCGCAAUCUUGGCUAUGAGCUUGAUGGUCCAAACAUGUCAAAGUCUUUGGAUUGAUCCGUCUCAUCUAAGAUUGAAGGAACUAUUACCGCAAGCUAUGAUUUUGAUGGUCCAUACAUGUCCAAGAUUUUGGAAUGAUCUCUCUUAUCAAAGAUGAAAGAAAUUCUUACUGCAAGCUACCAGUUGAAUGGCCCCUCCUGGUCUAAUUCUAUGGAAUGUUCCAUCUUAUCUAUUGAAGGAACUAUAACUGCAAGUUGGGGGAUAGGCUGGAUGGUCUGUAUUUCUAUGAAAUGAUCAGUCUCGUCAAAGAUCAGAAGGAACUGGCACUACAAGCUCCGCUUUGAGCUGAUGUUCCCUUCAGGUUCAAGUCUGUGGAAUGAUCCAUCUUGUCAAAGAUCAAAGGAACUAUUGGGCGAUUCCAUGCUAGAAAAAUCAGCUAUUUUCGCAACAUUUUUCAACCUAUUGUCCAAACAAACAAAGAACUUCAAUUUUUUUUGUGGUAAUAAUAGAGAACUACUGGGUAGACAUAUGAAAAAAUGACAACCAACAAAAAUAUGCUGUCCAUGGGUGAAUUAGAGGUGAAAAUGUUGCGUGUCGUACAGGACAUUUCUGAGUCCCGUACGACACACAACAUUUUCGCCCUUAAUUCAGCUAUAAUCAAAUAUUUUUUGUUGGUAAUCAGUUUUUCACAUAACUACCCACUACAUGUAUAAACUUUAAUAUUGACCAUAAAUAAUUUCUCAUUGCUCAAGCAAUCAGCUAAGAGACUAGAAACUGUUGACAAAAUGUUCCGUACGACAUGUAUGGAAUCGCCCUAUUACUGCAAGCUGGAGUACAAGCUAGAUAAUCCCUAUUUCUGUGGAAUGGUUGGUCUUUUCCAAGAUCAAAGGGACUGUUUCAGUUAGCUGUUUAUGAACUUGAUGGUCCCUUCAUGUCUAAGUCUUACGAAUGACCCGUCUUAUCUAAAAUUAAAGGAGCAGUUACCGCAAGCUACAUGUAGGCUAUCAGUUAGAUGACCCUAUACGUCAGUCUUUGGACUGAUCCUUCGGAUUUCAGGAAUUAUUGUGUGACCCCUUUGCAGAAGUGUUACUACUGUAAUGUUUACUUUGGCAUCAAUUAUCAUCAUUCUAGGUAUGGUCAGUUGUACUAACUACAGUGAAGGUUGAUCAAUUUUACUCAUAAUCUGAACAAUCAUUGAUAUCAAUCAUGUUUAUAUGGCGAUCCAUUUAGGGCAGAGUAAUAACUGAUUAAUAGAUAACUUAUAUUCCUAGUUUAUCGGCAUGUUACAGGGUAUUGUCAUUUUAAAUCCAGAAGAGUUCUAUUUAUGGUAUUCUAUCCUCGUCUCCAGAUGUGAAAAUAUAAGGUUUUAAUAUAUUACAUCUAAUAAUAAUAAUAGCCAAUUUUUAUAUAACGCUUUUCCCAGAAUGGCUCAAAGCGCUUGACAGAAUAUUAUAACCCCGGUCAUUGGAUUCAUUUCAAUCCCGCACGAAAAGUGCACAAUUUCUACUCCCUGGGGAGCAUUCCUUGCAGCCUCAUUUUGGCGCUGGCAAAUUCAAACAUACAGUAUCUUUUGCAUCUUACCGGGUACCCAUUUAGCACCUGGGUCGAGAGUGGCAAAGUGUGGGUUAACGCCUUGCCAAAGGACGCUAGACCCUCUGUAUACAAGGCCAGAGUCAGAACCCGGGGGGGCCACUUCCAUUGACGAGUGGAUACCAUGCGCGGCCACGGGGUCUUGAAAAGCACCCUAAACACGUAUUUUCCAUAUUCUGAAAAUGCACCCCUUAACAAGUAUUGGCGUGUGAAACCCUACCCUUAACAAGUAUUGGAAACAAAUACUAUUGGCAAGUAUUCCCAAAACUGAGCCCCUAAACAAGUACAGCGAUGUAUUUUCCAUAUUCUGAAAAUGCACCCCUUAACAAGUACUGGAAACAAAACGAUAAUCUUAGCAAGUAUUCCCUGAAAUGAACCCCUAAACAAGUACAGAGAUAUUUUAUUGUUAUGUCACACGUCCGUCGGUCGUCGGUUUUACCUUUAGACACCAUUAUUUUGGUUUAGUACGGCCCCACCUUUCACACCUCGCGCAAAUCGGACUCUAAACACGUAGUGUUGGGGCAAAAAGGACAUCCUUUAUAAAACAUUUUGAUUUUGAUUUAUCAUCCCUCCAUAUUUGACCCUAAACACGUAUAUUUUUCCGAGCAAAAUAGAUACCCUUUUUUCAAUAUUUUGGUGUUUUUGACACCCUUAUCACGUUACGUACGUAACGUGCCCUAUCUUGAAAAAGACAUCCUUUUUACAUGUUUUUUUGGUCGCGCAUGGUAUCCACUCGUCAAUGUAAGUGGCCCCCCGGGAGUCAGAACCACUACACCACGGCUCUUCCAUCUACAUCCCUUUAGAUCAUAUCAAUGAUGAAUAAUGAAUAUUUCAUUUACAUGCACAAAUUAUAGUAUAUUACCUUCUUUGCGGAGUUUUUCACUAAAUUUAAGUCCGACUAACAUUCUCAUUAAAUAAUAUAUUGUAGAUUGCGUCCCAUGAGCGGGAUCUGUCCACUACAGGGACGCAUUUUCCUCACAACUGGGAAUUUAAAGGUAAUAUGAUGUAGUUGCCGCCAACGAUUAUUUCAUUAGAAAGUCUUUGAAAUCAAGGUUAAUUGUCACUCUUUUAUCAUGGAUCUAGAUCUGGUACAUUAACAUAAACUUAUAUUUGUGAAAUCAUGAAAUCUGAGCGGAAACUGACAACGCUGAUGAUCACUAACACAGAAAAGCAUAUGUGGGAGAGUGUAUUAAUAUUGCUUGGAAGAAAAAUACCUGACAUUUAAUGGAAUUAUACAUACAAACAUGGGAGUGGUUAUUUUAUUGGAUUCUUUUCGGAAUUUUGAGAUGGUUACCACAACUGGCAUUUCUCUUUAAGUGUAAUUUUUUUAGUAACCUAAAAUGUCUUUGUGAAACACCCCCAGGUAUAGUACGUAUAGAGAUUCAUAGAGGUGUGCUUAGAAAUACUCUAGCCAUUUUUAUAACCGUUCAAUAUAAUUUUUUUUCAUGUACAUCAUGUUUAUGAUUAUCAACCGGCAAUGCAUUCCAGGGGGGCUUUUCAUCAACAUUUUCAUCUGACAAGUUGUCAGAUCUGAUAACUUUUCUUGACUUUGAUUGGCUGACAAACACUGUUACUAUGGUAACUGAUAAAACAGGACUUCUCGGAUAAAACGUCUGACAAGUCCUUUCAUGAAACGCUCCCCAUGAGAGCAUUUUGUUAACGUUUGUCCGACAAUUUACCUUGAUUUUGGGUGGAUGAGAAGCACAAUUCCUAUGGUAACUCUCUGAUAAAUACAUCUUACAAGUUCUUUCUAGGAAUGCUCUCCUGAAGAUUAUGUAUUGGUUAAGUCACAUGUAGGUCAUUAGGAGUCACACAAAUCUGUCACGAAACAGUAAAAAUUCAUUUAAAGAUGGCUAGAGUAUGUAUGCUGAUAGCAUGUCAGAUGUAUGCUUGAGGAUCAUGUUUUCAUUAAUGAAAUUACUUUGGGUGGAAACUGUUAUUAAAAUCAUAUAUAAUUAUGUAAAGCCUUAUCUCAACUUUAAUUAUAGCAGAAUAAAUUAUGAAAAUCUAUUAAAUUGCACAUGCAUAUGAAUUUAGA